AUGGCAAUGAGUUUAAACAAUCUCCCGGAUUUUCUAUUGACAGAAAUCCUGCUUCGGCUACCUUUAAAAUCCAGAGUUCAAUUCAAAGGCGUAUCAAAACACUGGUGCUCUUUAAUCUCUACCCCUUACUUCACUCGCAGAGUUGUUAGGCACUGCCACACAAACCCUCAUACACAGCCCUUUAUCAUGAUCUUGGAUUACAAAGAUAAGUAUUUAAGUAAUCGUCUCCUCGUAAUUAAAUCUGAACCAGAACUGGAAUUUCUCACUGCUUACAUAUACAAACUAGAAAAGCAACUUUGGUUUGAAGCUUCGUGUAAUGAAUUGCUCUUGUGUCUGGCAAAACAUAGGUUUGAUGGCAGCAGAUGCUAUUAUUAUGUCAUAAAUCCAAUCACUAAACAAGUUUUAGCGCUCCCUCCAAUUCCUAAACCUAAAAGUUUCACUAUUACUGGGUUUAUCUAUAAUAAUAGUGUUAAUGAUAUUGUUGAUAAGCAAGUCAGUUUCAGUUACAGGUUGGUGAUGCUAAAGGUAUGGGCUUCCGAAGCACACAUAUUCUCGUCAGACACCGGUAGAUGGAGUGUCGUGGGGUAUUCAAAGGAAUUUCAAGUAGCUCGCUUUCCUUCCUCUGCUGUUUCUUACAAAGGCUUGCUUUUGUGGUGCGGUACUAACGGCCGUCUUCUGGCGUUUGAUCUAUACAACAGCACAGGUAGUCGUUGCUUUGAAAUUGAGCAGCCUAUAGAAUGGGAGCAGCUAAUGAAGCAGCCUAUAGAACGGGGCCGAAUGAACUUUAUUGAUUGCCUUGGACUUGGAGUGUGUCAGGGGUGCCUGAAAAUAUGUCAGAUUAUAGUGCAGUCUCAUAUCUGCGUCUGGGAGUUCAAGGACUAUUAUAACAAAGGUGGAGGCGAAUGGUGCUUGCAGCACAAAGUUUCUCUCAAGGAAUUUGUCUCCGAAAAAUCCCUUUGGCUCUUACUAACACAAUCUUUUUUUAUCACAGUGCUAGGUUUUCAUCCCAUCAAUGGGGAUAUCUUGUAUUUGGGGAUUAGAUCGAAGGUUUUGAUAUGCAACUUGCGUAGGAAAACGCUCGAACUCUAUUGUAAUGUUCCUGAGGCUAACCAUUACGCAGCGAGUAUCGCCUUCAACUAUUUGCUCCCAUGUUGGCCAACACCCAUUCCUUCUUCUUUAAAGAAUGCUGCCUACUAG